CGCUCUCCUCCAAUGAUAUAAGCCGACCGGCUGCCGGUGCCGGGGCCUUGCGGGAAACCAUCUUCCUCAUCACUGCAACGUGUGUUUUCUUCGACCAAAGAUUUGAGAGUCAGUUCGGGUGCAAUGGGUCGUCGCAAGUCCAAAAGAAAGCCUCCUCCCAAGAAGAAGAUGACGGGGGACCUGGACAGUCAGUUCACUUGUCCCUUCUGCAAUCACGAGAAGUCGUGUGAUGUCAAAAUGGAGAGAAGCAGAAACACUGGGAUCAUAUCCUGCACGGUGUGUUUGGAGGAGUUCCAGACCCCCAUCACCUAUCUGUCAGAGCCAGUUGACGUGUACAGUGAUUGGAUAGAUGCCUGUGAAGCAGCCAAUCAGUAGCCCUAGUGGUGUUUGAAGCCAAGACAAAUUUGCGGCUGGUGGAUCUGCCCUGUAGGAUCAAGCUCGUCUGAGGAUACUUCCGUAUGGUCACUUGAAAUGUACAGCAGUCUUAUUACAGUAUGAGGUCUUCAGCACAAACAAGGUUUGAAUUGUUCCUGCUGAGUUAGGUUCAGAGAAAGGGUUCUGCCCACAAGUGUUCUUGAGAUUUAUUACUUUUAUUUGCAGUGUGUCAUUAUUGAGCACGGCUUUGUUUUCUAAAUGUUCUUUUCUGUUUUUCACUCUUUAGAAUUCCUCUGAGACCCUUUAGGUCAUUUGUAGACACGCCUUUAAAUACUAUUUUAUGUUGAAGAUCAUGAAAAAAUAGUUUUUAGCUGGUUUCUUUUGUUUGCUGUGUAUAUGUAAUUUUAUACAAGAGACCUUUCAAUGAGAGUAAGACAAAAACUGUUAUAUACACUAAUUGUCCAUCAUACACUUUUGGAAGCAAUCAGGACAGAGGACGUUUCCAGGUUGGCUGCACUGUCAGCUUUAACCGGGGGGAGUGUGAAGUUCUUUUGAAGUUCUUGGUUUCUCUGAAGACAUUUCAGGCCAACUGCUACACUGCUGAAUGCACCGGUUGAUCUUAAGUAUGAAGUCAUUUGCAGAACUGUAAUCCUUGAACACCCUCAGGUUGCAUUGAUGUUACGGGUUCAGUCAUAAACAAUCACACAGAUCUCCUCAUCCUCAUGCAGACGGCUGUGUCACAGCAUUAGGUCAUUCCACUGGAGAGAGGAAAUGUGUAGGACGUAUGCUUUGCUGCUGAAUUCAUAAACCUUUGUUCUCAAUCCAUUCAGAAUUUCAGGUGAAAGUAUCGCUUUGUUGCUUACGCUUAAAAGAAACUCCAACACAUACAAAUCAUCUUUUGUUAUAGAGCAAGUAUUUAAAAAAACAAAAAAAAAACAACUGUAAUCUUAUCCCAUAAUCAAGCUGUGAUAUUGUUUAUUUUCAAAUGCAAAGGCCAGAAAAGGAGGAGGCUGUUUGUUUUUUUAUGUAAUGAAAUUUCAAAGGUGUGAUGUUGAAAAUAAAUGAGCAAUAACACUUGAUACUAGUAAAAGUUGAUUUAAAAAAAGUUGAUUUUAUUAUAUAAUGCGUUUGAGUAGAUAAAUCAUUGUGUCAUCGUGAUCAAAAGAUGACUCACACUUUGUAUUUCUGUGAUCAAGAUGGCUUUCCUUGAUUUGGUUUGUAAAUGUAAUAGUUUUUUCUUUUAAAUGAGGGAACAGGAAGCAAAAGGUGAUUAUAUCCUACGUGACAAACGUCCUGUUUAGCACUGAGCACCACCAGCUGGUGACAAAUGGAGGGGCAACCUCAGGGUAAAGAUAUUACAGUUGGGAUUUAGAUGACCUGUCAAAGAUGCAGAGAUUGAA